UGGGACCUGAGGCGCCGGCCCGCGCCCCCGGACCGCGGGAAGCAGCGCAGAUGGUGCGUGAACAAUACACCACGACCACAGAAGGCACCCACAUAGAGCGUCCAGAGAACCAGUCUGUCUACAAAAUCGGCAUUUAUGGCUGGAGAAAGCGUUGCCUCUACUUGUUUCUUUUGCUCAUCAUCUUCCUUGUGAAUUUUGCUCUUACAAUUUGGAUUCUUAAAGUGAUGUGGUUUUCCCCAAGAGGGAUGGGUCACCUGUAUGUUACAGAAGAUGGACUUUUCCUGGAGGGGGAAUCGGAGUUUUUAUUCCCACUGUAUGCCAAAGAAAUACACUCCAGAGUGGACUCAUCUCUGCUUCUGCAGUCCACACAGAAUGUGACUGUAAAUGCACGUAACCCAGAAGGAGAAGUUACAGGCAGAUUAAAAGUGGGUCCCAAAAUGGUAGAGGUCCACAGUCAACAGUUUCAGAUCAACUCCAAGGACAGCAAGCCACUGUUUACUGUUGAUGAAAAGGCAGUUGUGGUUGGUAUGGAUAAACUUCGAGUAACUGGGCCUGAAGGGGCUCUUUUUGAACAUUCAGUGGAGACGCCCCUCGUAAAACCGGACCCAAUCCAGGAUCUUAGACUAGAAUCCCCGACACGGAGUCUCAGCAUGGACGCCCCGAAAGGCGUUCAUAUUCAAGCUGCUGCAGGGAAAAUCGAGGCCCUUUCCCAGAUGGACAUCGUUCUUCACAGCAGUGAUGGGACACUUGUGCUCGAUGCUGAAACCAUAUGUUUACCCAAGUUGGCUCAGGGGACUCAGGGUCCUGCAAGCAGCUUGCAGGGACUCUACGAAAUCUGUGCGUGUCCAGAUGGGAAGCUUUACCUGUCUGUGGCCGGCGUGGGUACCACGUGCCAUGAGAACAGUCACAUCUGCCUCUAAACCAGGGGCAUCUUCCACAGAGCUACCUGCCUCGUUUCGGUGAGCUUUGGAGUGCUGACCUCAAGCCUUCACACCUGGAGCAACUCGACAAAGUAA